CUUCCCUCCUCCCAACUCAUCUAUCGAACAAUUAAACAACAGCAAGAAGUUACAACGAAGACACUGCACUGAUAUCUACUGAACCAUCAGUUAGGGUAUAGUAUAGAUCGAUGGAGCGUCGAGGUGGAGCAUCCGGAGUCGGCGGCGCGGCGGAGCUGGAGCUGCCGGGGUUCCGUUUCCACCCGACGGAGGAGGAGCUGCUGGAGUUCUACCUCAAGCAAGUGGUCGACGGCAAGAAGCUCAAGUUCGACAUCAUCCCCACCGUUCAUCUCUACCGCCACGACCCAUGGGAGCUACCAGGGCUGGCGAGGAUCGGGGAGAGGGAGUGGUACUUCUUCGUGACGCGCGACCGGAAGCAGGCCGGCGGGUGCGGCGGCGGGCGGCCGAGCCGGACUACGGAGCGCGGGUUCUGGAAGGCCACCGGGUCGGACCGCGCGGUGCGGCGCGCCGCCGACCCGAAGCGGCUCAUCGGGCUCAAGAAGACGCUCGUCUACUACGAGGGCCGCGCGCCCCGCGGCACCAAGACCGACUGGGUCAUGAACGAGUACCGCCUCCCCGACACCAAUGCCGCCGGCGGUGACUCGUCCAGUUACUUGCCCAAGGAGGACGUGGUGCUGUGCAAGAUAUACCGGAAGGCGGUGUCGCUCAAGGAGCUGGAGCAGCGGGUGGCCAUGGAGGAGCUCGCGCGCGCCACAGCCACGCCGUCCGCCUCCCACAACACCGGCUCGCCCGCCGACUCCAUCUCGUCCUCAGACCACGAGGCAGCAGCAGUCCACCAGGGAGAGAUCACGAUGGCCGUGGCAAGCAUGAAGAAAGAGGUAGGCGAGGUCGCGGCGGCGGUGAGGCCGGCGACGCUGAACCUGCCGCAGCUGGAGGUGGCGAGGCAGCCGCAGCAGCUGGCUGAGUGGAUGCAGGACCCGUUCCUGACGCAGCUGAGGAGCCCCUGGAUGGAGAGCUGGUCGCCAUACUACGCCAGCGUCCUCAACUUUUGAUUGCCUAAUUUAGAGCAUAUACAUGUGUAUCGAUCAACACAACUAGCUAGGAUCGAAUUACAGAGAGUAAGAUGUAUAAUUGACGCAUGUACGUAGCUUGUUAGAUCCAUAUAUACGGGAGUAUGAUACGAAAACGUGCAUGCAACAAAUGGGUUGCGAUCAGGGGCAGACCCAGGCCAUGGUUGGCUGGGCUUCAGCCCGGACCAUAAACCCAAAUCACUCUUUAUUUACUGUAAAACAGUAUUUUUUUACGAUUUGACUUAAAUUUGAAUAGAUCAGCCUGGGGCUUAGCUCAGAACUAGUUCCGCCCCUGAUUGUGA